AUGUGCACCAAUCUAGGGACAUAUCGGUUCAAGAAUGGGGCGAGAUAUGUAGGGAACUACCAGCAGAACAUGAAACAUGGACAGGGAACCUUCUACUAUCCCGAUGGGUCCAAAUAUGAAGGGUCGUGGGUUGAGGAUAUGAGACAAGGUCACGGUGUCUACACCUACCCCAACAAAGACACCUAUGAUGGAGAGUGGCUGCAAAAUUUGAGGCAUGGACAGGGCAUUUACCACUACCAAGAAACUGGCUCUAAGUUCAAGGGCACUUGGGUGAACGGCAAGAUGGAGUCAGCUGGAGAGUACCUCCAUACUAACCACAGAUUCAUUGGCAACUUUAUCAACAACUAUCCUUUGCAGGACAGAGCUGAGGGUGAGCGGGAUGCCACUGUCCUCAAAUGGAUUCCCAAAUGUGUCACAGGCCUAACAACAGAAACUCCUGGGAAAGAGACUUCAGGUGAAAUUCAACAGUGACGUGCAAGCCGUGAUUGUAAAACUACUGUCUUGUAGCAGAACCCCAUACAGAAUGUUACUCUUGCAACUCUAGAGAUUUUGAAUUUGAAAACAUUGAAAAUGUUCAUUAAAACUUUAAAAAAUGUUCAGUAAAAGGCUAACAUUUUAUAAAUAAUUGUCAAUAUACUUGUUUUAGGGCUGCACAAUUAAUAAAAUUUUAAUUUUGAUAAUGAU